CCAAGGGUCGGGACUGCGAGUCUGCGAGUCGAUCCUGAUGGUGGGAGGCGAUAGCUUCCCCUUCCCUUCCGCAGGCGGGAGAGUUAGAUAGCCACCAAGAAACACCAUGAAAGAUACAGAUAUCAAGAGACUUUUGUAUGCCAAUCUUUUGUGCAUAUUUUCAAUUAUCUUGAGCAUCUUCAUUCCAUCAAUCUUCUUGGAUAACUUCUCAAUAUUGGAAACACACUUGACAUGGUUGUGCAUCUGUUCUGUUUUUGUAACUGCCAUCAAUCUAGUAUUAUACUUAGUGGUAAAACCAAAUGCAUCCUCUAAAAGAAAUUCAUUAACACACAAGGUAUCCAGGUUUUUGAAGUGCUGUAUCUACUUUCUUAUGUCAUGUUUCUCCUUUCAUGUAAUUUUUGUUCUAUAUGGAGCACCAGUAAUAGAGUUGGUGUUGGAAACUUUUUUAUUUGCAGUUUUAUUGUCUGCUUUUACUUCUGUACCUUGUCUAUGUUUGUUAGGACCAAACAUCAAAGCAUGGCUAAGAGUUUUCAGUAGGAAUGGAGUUACAUCCAUUUGGGAGAAAAGUCUUCAGAUCACUACAAUUUCUAGUUUUGUAGGAGCAUGGCUUGGAGCAUUUCCUAUUCCACUGGAUUGGGAAAGACCUUGGCAGUUUGAGUAGGGAUCCCAAUCCUGCCUGGCACUGUAAUGUGGGCACCUUCUUAUUGGAGUCCAUCCUUGUGUCACUCGCGGCUGCAGGCCAGCCGGAGGCUAUGGAGAAUUACAAGAGAAGUAUUUUUCUCAUCUUCUGCCUUUCCUGAUUCUAUGUUCUAGCACUGCUUUUUCUACAUGUAUAGGUGAAUAAAGAAGCUUAUUUUGUGCAUGUGUAUGGGAGUAAAAAAAAAAAAAAAAGCUAGAAGUUGCAGGGGUUCCUAAUUUUGAUGUUGAUAUUCACUGCCAUUAUGGUCUUAGAUUUAUAUUUUCUUAACUUGAUUGAUGAUCAAACCAAUCUUGAAGUAAUUUUUAAAAGCAUAUAGCAAAGUAAUUUUUGAAUAGGGAUAUGUGAUUGUAGAGGAAGCGCACAAACAUCAAGUUUUUAGUUUCCUGUCACAAUAGAAUAAAGCUAAUGUUAGGUAAAGCAUAUGAGAUAAGUGCUCUUUUUAACUUCAUUUUACAGUUGAGGAAACUGACAUCUAGAGGUUUACUAACAAUCCCAAGAUUACUGAGCUAGUAGGUGGUAGCUAUAUCUUUAUCUUAAUUUUUAAUGACUUUGUAUACCAGUAUACAGCUACUCCCUAUAAAUUUGCUAUUGAUGGUCAUUUAUGUUAUUGCCAAAAUUUUACUGUUAUAAUAUAAUAAACAUCUUUGAACCUAUAUCUUCAUG